AGGAACCGACAGACGACAGCAGUGUAGUAUCUUCCAAAAGCAAAGGUGGCUUGCUGCGUGUCACCCCCGUGUUGGCCUGGCAGCACGACCUCAUCACGGCACGGCGUCCUUAAGCUUCCCUUCCGGCCUUCCCCCACCUCCCACCCGCGAUCUCCGCGACCGCAAGCAGCUCGGCAGGCAGGCCUCCACCGCUCCACCACCUCCACUCGGUCUACGUGCUCCGUCACCAAACCCACCCGGGCCAACGCCGAAGCAACCCCCCCUCCGUCCUCCCCAGAUCCGGCGCCGCCUCCGCCCUCACUUACACUAGCACGCACGGCGGACACGUCGCCUCCCCCGCGCGAUCUGAUGCAGGCGCACGCGGUGGCCAGGUAAACAAGCCUCCCACAGUCCCACUCCCGAUUAAUUUACUUAACCGCCGCUAUUAAUACACCGUCCCGCCCGCCCGCCCGCCCCCUCCUCGGCUCCUCCUUCCCACGUCGCUCACCUUCCUCCCCUGGGACCGGCCCAGAUCUCUCACCCCCCGAGCUGGGUCCUCAUUCCCGAACCCUCCAAUCCCUUCCCCAUGGUGCACUGGUUCUGCGGCCGAAUCGCUUAAUCGCUUAUUGGUCUCUGUGGAAUCAGCGGCGAUGCGGUGGAAGCUUAACUCCUCCGUCUACAAGCGCGUGCCGUCCAGGGAAACCGCCAUGGAACCCGACGUCGAGACGCCAAUGAGAAUGACGGACGGCGGCGGCAGCGGCGCGGGGCCGUCGUGGCGCAUGUCGUUGCCGCAUGUCUGUGUCGCCACGCUCACCUCGUUCCUCUUUGGAUACCACUCCGGGGUGGUGAACGAGCCCUUGGAGGUCAUCUCCGCUGACCUUGGCUUCGCCGGCAACACUCUUGCUGAAGGGCUCGUGGUGAGUAUCUGUUUGGGAGGAGCUUUUGUUGGGUGCCUCUUCAGCGGCUCCAUCGCAGAUGGUAUUGGGCGACGCCGUGCGUUCCAGCUCAGUGCGCUGCCUAUGAUUAUUGGUGCUGCCAUAAGUGCUCUCUCCAAUAGUUUGGAGGGUAUGCUCCUUGGAAGAUUUUUGGUAGGAACAGGGAUGGGAUUGGGUCCACCAGUAGCUUCACUUUAUAUAACGGAGGUUUCUCCUUCUACAGUGAGGGGUACAUAUGGUAGCUUUGUUCAGAUUGCAACCUGCCUUGGAAUUAUAGUAUCACUACUCAUUGGUACACCUGUCAAAGAUAUUGAUAGAUGGUGGAGAGUGUGUUUCUGGGUUGCCGUUAUCCCAGCAACUUUACAAGCUCUCGGUAUGGAGUUUUGUGCUGAGAGCCCUCAGUGGCUUUAUAAGUGUGGAAAAAUAAGUGAAGCAGAGAUGCAAUUUGAAAAGCUUUUAGGUCCCCUUCAUGUAAAAUCUGCCAUGGCAGAACUUUCUAGAUAUGAAAGAGUAGAUGAUGGAGAAAGUGUCAAGUACUCAGAGUUGUUCUAUGGUCGCCACUUCAAUGUUGUUUUUAUUGGCACAACGCUCUUUGCUUUACAACAGUUAUCCGGCAUAAAUUCUGUGUUCUAUUUCUCAUCAACUGUAUUCAGAAGUGUGGGGGUGCCCUCUAACCUUGCCAACAUAUGCAUGGGGAUUUCUAAUCUAUCAGGAUCAAUUGUAGCAAUGCUUCUAAUGGACAAGCUAGGUAGAAAAGUGCUUCUUUCAGGGAGUUUUCUUGGGAUGGCUUUUGCAAUGGGGCUUCAGGCUGUUGGAGCAAACCGUCAGUAUCUUGGUUCUGCAUGUGUAUAUCUUUCAGUUGGUGGCAUUCUGUUGUUUGUCUUGUCAUUUUCACUAGGAGCAGGCCCUGUCCCAGGACUUCUUUUGCCUGAGAUUUUCCCUAAUAAAAUCCGAGCUAAGGCUAUGGCUCUCUGCAUGUCUGUACAUUGGAUCGUGAACUUCUUUGUUAGUUUGAUGUUCUUGCGUCUUCUGGAGCAACUUGGUCCACAGCUUCUCUACACAAUAUUUUCGUCAGUCUGUGUGGUAGCCUCAAUAUUUGUGAGGCGCCAUGUGUUGGAGACGAAGGGAAAGACUUUACAAGAGAUAGAGGUUUCACUCCUGCAACCACAAUAAAGGUACAUAUUUGACGUGGCUGGAACCUUGGGCAGGCUGUUUGCUGAACAGAAACAAGCUGGCCCUGCAGAAGUUGAUUCCUGAAGUCAUCGGCAACGCCCUACAAAUGGUCUCAGGGAAGUUCCAGAUAUGCGCCUGCGACAGCUAGGGCGGUGUUUCCAUAGAGCAUCAUGUACUGAAGUUAUGCCUGUAUCGCCCGCCCUAGAUAGGAUAUUUUCAUACUUGUGUUGUCAUCUGUUCUAUCUAUGAGUCGUAAUAUCAGAAAAAAAAGGUACUACUGUUUUACCGUUGAUGAGCACAGUUGAAAAAAGGAACUAUCAUCUUCAUUUUACAUGUAUGUACUCAGUAACCAUACUCCGAAUAAUAACACUGCAUGGAGAUUCCUUGUUA